CAGUGCUGGCGGGUGCCGUGGUCAUGUUAACAACGUCUCCCCUACAACAACAACAACAAUCGCACCGACAACAACAACAAACCGGUGGCGGCCGCGUCCACUACCGCCAAUACAACAACCUCUACCCGCCAUCAUCGCUGGCCGCCGUUUUUUCCACGACGCCUUUACUGUUCUACUCCGAUAAUUUCCGUAGUGUAGUAGUACCGAAUUCUGUGAUACAACAACAACGAAGAGGGUACGUGUUCGUGUCGACGACGACUACGUGCUGGGGUGGUGGGAGUACCGCGGGACAGAUCCUGUGGGUUCCGGUGUUGGUGCAACAGCAGAAUCAGCAGCAUCAGCUGUCAAGGUCGAUAGCGUGCAAGGUGCAGCGGCGGUACGAGGGCGUCGCGGCGGGUCAAGGACGGUACUGCUUCGGCGCGGCUACAACGCAAAGGCAGUACCAACAGUAUCAGGGGGAGUGGGCGAGGAGGGCGGGAGGUUGUGCUGGAAGCGGGGGUGAUAUGGAGACGAGGUUCAAGCACAGCAUAAGGACCAGUGGCGUGCGUAGCGUGGGGUGCAGCGCGGGGGGCGGGCAACAGGCCCCCGGUGGCGCGGUCCGGGGCGCCGCAGACGUGCGCCGCGCCUACAAGGCGUCGGUGGUGCCGGGGUGCGGCGCGGCCGCCAAGGCGGGGGCGCGCGGAAGGAGGGUCGCGCGUGGCAUGAGCAUGGGCCAGAAGGUCAGCGGCGGAGUUAAGGCGGGCAACGGCAGGGACGCCGCGGCCGCCCCCUACAAACCAGUGAUUCCCAGGGAACUAGCACAAGAUUUUGCCAGACCACCCAGACUGGACAUGUUAUUGGACAUGCCACCAGCGUUACGCGAGACGCAACUCAAAUACAGUUGGAACCAAGAUGACCGCUCUCUCAACAUAUUCGUUAAAGAAGACGACAAACUGACGUUUCACAGACACCCCGUCGCACAGAGCACGGAUUGUAUAAGGGGAAAAGUUGGAUUUACAAAGGGCAUGCACUGCUGGGAGGUGUGUUGGUCGACGCGGCAACGUGGCACGCACGCGGUGGUCGGCGUGGCAACGGCGGAAGCUCCCCUCCAUUCCGUAGGAUACCAAAGUCUAGUCGGCAGCACGGACAACUCGUGGGGCUGGGAUCUGGGAAGGAACAAGCUCUACCACGACUCGAAGAACCAACCGGGAGUACUCUACCCCGCGUUACUCAAACCAGACGAGACUUUCAUCGUACCGGACAAGUUCUUGGUGGUCCUUGACAUGGACGAAGGCACUUUGAGCUUCGUCGUAGACGGCCAGUACCUAGGAGUAGCCUUCAGGGGCUUGAAGGGAAAGAAAUUGUACCCGAUCGUGAGUGCGGUGUGGGGACAUUGUGAAAUCACGAUGCGGUAUAUUGGAGGACUUGAUCCCGAACCACUACCACUGAUGGACUUGUGCCGUCGCGUGAUACGACAGAAAAUCGGCAAGGCCCGUCUCGAAGAUAAGGUGAUGGGCCUGCAACUACCCCAGGCGCUCCAAACCUACCUUUUGUACAGAGAUCGAAGAUAAUGUUACUCCAAACCGAAACGGACGUCUUCCGCAUCACCCAUACUUUCCACCGCAGACUUUACAGCGGAUUCGUUCUGUUCCGACGCCAAUCUCGAGAACAGAACAGUGUCUUCGCGCCUCCAGAGACUGUACCGAACCAAAUAAAUUCUCAUACCUUUAGAAAGCCACUCGUUUUUCUCAAUUUUUUUUUUCUAAACCAAUAAACACGACUACGUCGCGAACUACGGGGCCGAACAGUCUAAAUUUGUCGCUCUGUGUGAUUAUUGCGAGUGUUUCGUUGGAUUCCGAAAGAAUCUCGAAUGUGAACGAUUAGAAAUAUAUAGGAACAAAUAGGAUCGUUGUGCGUUGGACUCGUUGGACUCGUUUCGAUGGUGUAUUUUUUCUAUUGAUCUCGUGGAAAUGAAGAAGAGGGAAAAAGUUUUCGCCAUAUUUUCGAUGAGGAUGAGGAGGUGAAACGUUAUUUUUUGUGUAAAUAUCGACGAUGAUGAGAAAUUCCGAGUCUUCUGUAAACUUUAAAGCACAUUGGCUUCCUGAUUAUAGCUUUAUCUGAUAAUUUUUUAGUAUUAAUCAAGGAAAAUGCAUGGAAAAUAUGGAGGUAAAUUAGAAGUACGCAAAGGGUAAAGUGCCUGCGCAAGAAUCUUUUAACCAUACAGAGUAUUUUGGACGUUUUUUUUUCGAUUCAUAACUUCAAACAUGUUAAAAUAAUUUUAAUCAUAUAAUUUUUUGUUCAAAUAAUCACUGGUAGUAAUAUAGACUAUUUAGUCAUAGUUUAAUACAGGUUUUUAAGUAUGUUGAGCAGUAAUGGGCAAACACCCGGUAUAUUGAAUUUUUUUUCACCGGGUAUAUACUUACUUUGUUAAUUUAAGGUACUCUAAUUAAUAUUUACAACAUUUUUUUGCUAAAUUCAACAUUAAAGAAACAAAUGUCAAAAAAUUCACAAAUGAUGCAAACACAAAAAUGCAAAUGCUAAAUUUUGGGUAUAUAUUGUACUCAUCCCAUCACUGAUGUUGGGCAUAUAUUAUUUUUUUAGUCACUUGUUUAGUUUAUGUGAAAAUUAGAUCAGUUAGAAUUGAUAUAAGUUUAAGAAAUUCUAUGGUUCUAAUUAGUACUAAAUAAACAAUGCAACAUACUUUUGUAUUAACCUGUAUUUUUUUAAGAACAUCAUAAUUAUAGCCUGUGGUUAACAAGUAGGUAUAUUUCUAAAAAUUCUAAUAUUUCAGAAUUUGGCUUCUAAUUUUUACGUAAGAAUGUUUUAUCUAACUUGUGUAAUUUUGAAGUUAUGAUACGAAAAAAAUCUCAAAUCUCUGUGCAAAAGUUUUUGUUAAUACAAAUUCAUUUAUUUUUGUUAGUUUUUAGUUUUAGUUGUUUAGGCGAUUAUGUCGACCUUUUUUUUCUGUUCUUAGUGUCCUGGCAGCUAAAAUAUUAUAUAUUUUUUGUAUUUGUUUUAUAUAAUGCCUGUACAGUUUUUAAAUUAGUAUAUUUUCGUUAUUUCUAUCAUUUGUCCGUGUUUCUAAAGUAAGUUUAUUAUAUUUUUUUAUGUUUGGCCCUUCUCUAGAGUAUGAAAACUGAACAAAGUAUAUAAAAAUUAAAUACAAAAAACAAAUAUUCAGUUCACAGAACCUUGUUUGUUUUUAAUGCUGAAAUCAACCAAAUACAACUUGCCCAAUUGUUGUUAUUAUCAAAAAUGAUUUUAAUUAUGUUUCUUUAUUGUUACAAGCUAAAGUGUGAUAUGUUUUUUCGAAUGUCCGCUGUAUUACUUGGCAAAGGCACUUUACUUUUCAUUAUUUUACUUGGAAAUUGGCUGUUUCGAUGUCGUACCAAAAUACCACUUGAAUCUUGGUUUUAAUACUUAAUAGUCAAUACGGGUUUAUUAGACUUUAGAAUUCUUUUUGUUAGUAAUUAGGCAAUUUUUUUUUAAAUAAAAUGUUCUGAGUGUCUGAGGGUUUACCAUACAAAAUAUGCCUAUGUAUAGGUCUCUAUGUUUAUAUAAAUUCUCCUGUGAUAAUUGACAUAUUAAAGGGUUUUUAAAACAACAGAUUUUUUAAUUUAAAUUUUAAAAAAAGUUGAAAAAAACUUGCAAUAACUCUUUUUGGUUUUCUGUAUUGCUAAAAUAUUUUGGAUGAUUUGUAUUUUAAAGAUAAAAACUGUUAAUGAAUUUCAUCAUCGUCAAAAACAAGUUAAACCAACUUUUUUUUAUUUUUUUUGUAUUUAUACCGUAUGAUCUUAAAAAAUGGAGUUAAAUCGGCUUGGAAAUAACAAUCGAUGACAUUUUCCAUAUAAUUUUGCAAUAAAAUGACGGGGAUCUUCAUUUCCAAGCCGACUCUGACGUCGUUUUUUUUUUCGAUCGUAUAGUAUAUACAGGUUGUCAAUUAAGAAGUGGUCUCUAGCUAUAAUUUUUAUUUUAAAAAUAUUUAAAUACUUUAUAAGGAGAAAUAUUCAAAUUAUUAUAAACAUCUAUUCAUACUUAUUAGUGCAAUUUUAAACUCAUAUAUGUGUACUUUUCUUGAAAGUAUACUUUCUAAGUACACUGAUACUUUAUCCAAGCGUUAAUAUUAUUUUUUAACGCCUUUUUUAAUAAUUUUUCGAAAAGAAUUAAGUUUAGUUAAAAUUUUUAACAUAGUAUUGAUAAAGUUAUUGUUUUUUCUUUCAGUUAAAAAGGAUAUGGCAAUAUGUUUUAUAUAAAAUAAGUAAUUAUAUGAAACAUUUUAUAUACUAUUUUAAUAAAUUUUUAGUCAACUUAAUUUUGGGGAAAAAUAGAUACGGACCACUUCCCAAUUUUAGAAUGUUUUUUACUCAGCGUAAACAUAUUUAAAUACUAAAUUUAAACAUUUUCGGAAUAUUAUAAUAAAUAUGUACAGUAUACAGGGUAAACCCAAAGAUAAAACGACAUCGCAGGAACGGCCGAUUUCAAAGCGAUUUUUUAUUUGUUUUUGUAAUGAAACUUAGACUUAUUUUUGUAAAUAAAGAACCUUAGAUAAGUGCCAGUUACACACAUAAUUUAUAUAUAAUAAUAAAUGUACGAAUCGAGGGGAGAGACGGUGAAUUUUUUUGAAAAAAAGUACCAGAAAAAAAACCGACUUAUCUAUUUUGUAGCGAAAUAAAUUCAACCCCGAAAACGAUCGCUGUCUCCCUCUAAUCUCUCUCUAUCUCUGUUUUACGAUAGCUAUGUAAUAUUCGGCCAUGAGAUGGUCGCGAGGCGUGUAUUAAAUAUAUGUGGUUUGUGUUUAGAUUUUAGACUAUUUUCAUAUAUGAAUUGUGCGGAACGAAUACAAAAUUAUAGCAAUGCAAAAAAAAACACUUGAUACUUCCAGAUACAGUUUGAUUUUAUGUAUAUUUUAUCUAACCUUCUCGUAAUUUAUAAGAUUCAAAAUAAAACGAAUGAUUUUGAUGCGAUUUGUUAUUUUUUUAUGUUUUUUUAGUUUGUACAAAUUAGGAGAAUACAUAAAAAUGUGUCAAAGUCAUUUUUCCAAUGCAACCAGAAGAAAAAAAUAGUCUGAAAACCUGUAGAUUUAAUAUCAUUUGCAAGCGCACUGGACAAUUGUUUCCAACACUUUUAAUUAUUUUUUUUAAAUAGAAUUAAUAUUUAUAUAUUCUCGAUCUUUUAAAAUUGUUUUAGUGUGAGUUCAUUUUUUGUCCAGCGCGUGAUCCAUUGUGUUCAAUAUCCCCUUUUGUAAUGAUAAUCUAUAUAUUUAUAACAAAUUUUCGUGAGGCGAAAAGUAAUGAAACAAAGCAGAAAAGAAGAACAUAUAUUGCAAUUUUUUUUCGUAGCGCCUGGGCGAACCUAAUGUAAGUAGGAUGUUUUAAUUAUUGUAUUUAAGUUUGCUGUGAGAGCCCAGGUAUAUUUUUAAGUUAUCGAUGUAUGAUUAUAAUUAAAAAUAAAUUAAUGUAAGAAAUA